AUGAUGGCUUCAAUAGGGGAAUUUGAUCCUCUCAACACCAGAGUCCCUGCAACUAAAAUAGAAGUUACAGUGUCGUGCCGAAACCUGCUGGACGUGGACACCUUUUCCAAGUCAGACCCAGUGGUCGUGCUGUACCUGCAGGCGGUGGGCACCAAAGAAUGGAGAGAGUUCGGCCGGACAGAAGUGAUCGAUAACACACGGAACCCAGACUUUGUCAGGAAGUUUGUCCUGGAUUUCUUCUUCGAAGAGAAACAGAACCUCAGAUUCGAUGUAUACAACGUGGACUCCAGGAGUUGUAACAUUUCCAAAUACAAGGACUUUCUGGGUCAGACCUUCUGCACCCUUGGAGAAAUCAUCGGUUCAACAGGAGGACGUGUGCAAAGAACUCUGUCUGGGAUUCCAGGGAAGAAGUGUGGAGUCAUUAUCUUAACAGCGGAGGAGCUCAGUAACUGUCGGGAUAUCGCCACCAUGCAGCUGUGCGCCAACAAACUGGACAAAAAGGACUUCUUUGGAAAGUCCGACCCCUUCCUGGUUUUCUACCGAAGCAAUGAGGAUGGAACGUUCACCAUCUGCCAUAAGACCGAGGUGAUCAAGAACACGCUGAACCCAGUGUGGCAGCCCUUCACGAUCCCAGUGCGAGCGCUGUGCAACGGAGACUACGACAGGACGGUGAAAGUGGACGUGUACGACUGGGACAGAGAUGGAAGUCAUGAUUUCAUCGGGGAGUUCACCACCAGCUACAGAGAACUAUCCCGGGGCCAAAACCAGUUCAACGUCUAUGAGGUUUUGAAUCCCAAGAAAAAAGGCAAAAAGAAGAAAUAUAUUAAUUCUGGGACGGUGACGCUCCUGUCCUUCAAAGUGGAGUCAGAGUACACCUUUGUGGACUUCAUCCGCGGAGGAACACAGCUCAACUUCACAGUGGCCAUCGACUUCACAGCCUCCAAUGGUAAUCCUUCGCAGCCCACCUCUCUGCAUUAUAUGAGUCCGUACCAGAUGAACGCUUACGCCAUGGCCCUGAAAGCAGUGGGCGAGAUUAUCCAGGACUAUGACAGUGACAAGCUCUUCCCUGCCUACGGCUUUGGGGCUAAGCUACCCCCCGACGGCAAAAUCUCUCAUGCGUUCCCACUGAAUGGAGACAGUGAGAACCCAAACUGUGUGGGCAUCGAGGGCGUGCUGGAGUCGUACUUCCAGAGCCUGCGCACGGUGCAGCUGUACGGACCCACCAACUUCGCCCCCGUCAUCAACAAAGUGGCCAACUGUGCAGCAGAGAUCACGGACGGAUCACAGUACUUCGUCCUCCUCAUGAUCACGGACGGAGUCAUCUCGGACAUGGUGCAGACCAAAGAGGCCGUGGUCAAUGCCUCUUCACUUCCUCUGUCCAUUAUAAUCGUUGGAGUGGGACCGGCUGAGUUCGAUGCCAUGGAGGAGCUGGAUGGAGACGACGUGAGAGUAUCCUCUAGAGGGCGUCUUGCUGAGAGAGAUAUUGUACAGUUUGUUCCGUUCAGAGACUACAUCGACCGAUCAGGAAACCAGGUCCUGAGCAUGGCGCGUUUGGCUAAAGAUGUCCUGGCCGAGAUCCCCGACCAGCUGCUGUCCUUCAUGAAGAGCCGAGGAAUCGAACCGAGACCCGCGAUGUCCACGCCCCCCAUGCCCGAGCUGCACCCCCACAUGUGA